AUGAUCUCCACCCGCCGAGCCGCGAUGACGCUCCGCUCAUCCCUCCCUCGCUCGGUGCAGCCACUAGCCCGGCGAACAUUCAGCACCUCCGAGCUUAUCCCGGAUGAGCCCGCCCGCCCUUCCGUCCAUACCUCCACUGUCCCUGGUCCAGCCUCACAUGCUGCCUCGGCCGCGAUCGACCUCAUACAGGACUCGCGGACACAUCAGCUCGUCGUCGACUACGAAAAGUCAAAGGGGAACUAUAUGGUCGACGCGGACGGGAACGUCAUGCUGGAUGUUUUCGCGCAGAUAGCGAGUAUCGCGCUGGGAUAUAAUGUACCUGAGAUGAUGAGCUUGAGUGAUGAUAAAGAGUUUAUGACCGCCGCGCUGAACAGACCGGCUCUUGGCGCUUUUCCACCGAAAAAUUGGGCCGAGAUACUCGAGACGGGCUUGAUGAAGGCCGCACCGGAGGGCUUUGAUCAGUGCACCACGACACUGUGCGGGAGCUCUGCUAACGAGAACGCGUUCAAACUUGCUUUUAUGGCGUACAAGGCGCGGGAACGAGGGGAUUCUACUUUUACCGAGGAGGAGAUGAAUUCGACCAUGUGGAACCAGUCCCCUGGUACACCCCAGCUAUCUGUCUUGUCUUUCACCUCUGCCUUUCACGGACGGCUCUUUGGGAGUCUGAGCGCAACGCGUAGUAAAGCGAUUCACAAGGUCGACAUCCCCGCGUUCGACUGGCCCGCUGCGCCCUUCCCUCAACUCAAGUACCCCUUAUCUGAAAACACCGAGUAUAAUGCUGCCGAGGAGAAGCGGUGCCUGGAGGAGUACGAGGAUAUUCUUGUUCGAGGCAAAACUACAUCGCCCGUCGCCGCUGUCAUCAUCGAGCCCAUCCUUGCCGAAGGUGGUGACAAGCAUGCCUCGUCCUCCUACUUCCGCUCUCUCCGCUCCCUCGCCAAAAAGCACGGCGCCUUCUUCAUCGUCGAUGAGGUGCAGACCGGCGUCGGCGCGACGGGCAAAUUCUGGGCGCACGAGCACUGGGAUCUGCCCAAGGGGGAAGAGCCGGAUAUGGUGACGUUCAGCAAGAAGAUGCAGGCGAGCGGGAUAUACCACAAGAAGAGCUUGAGGCCGAGGGAGAGUUAUCGGAUCUAUGGGACCUGGAUGGGUGACCCGAUGCGUGCCCUCCAAGCCCGACGCCUCAUCUCCCUCAUCGACUCCCACUCUCUCGUCUCACAUACCGCCAGGACUGGUACCGCCCUCCACUCUUCCCUCUCCUCAAUCUUCGCCGAGGCCGGUCGCGGCAUAGACGGCGCUCAGAACCUCCGAGGUGAAGGCAAGGGCACAUUCCUCAGCUGGGACAUGAAGGAUGGACCGCAGCGAGACGCGUUUGUGAAUGCUAUGAAGAAGCAAGGGGUGUUGAUGGGUGGAUGUGGGGAGCGGACGGUCAGGUUGCGACCGAUGUUGACCUUUGGGGAGAAGCAGAUGGGGGUGUUGAGCGAGGCGGUGAGGGAGACGCUGAAGGGGAUGUGA